AAUCAGCGGAAGGACGGCUGUUUCUGCAUUAUCCCUCGCGGCAGAAAACUAAGCGGGCGGGCUCCGUUCCAAAGUCACAUUUCCUGCCCUGGAAGGCAGGUGGGCGUGACCGCCGCUGGGACAGGCUCAUAUCUUCCCUCCCCAGCCACAUUUACGCAAUAAUAUGGACCAAGAACCAAGAGCUGAAGUAGCUCAGGAUUUGCUGUCUGCGGCGCAUUCUGACUUUCAAGAGCGGCGGUUCGAGAGCGCAGAAAACCUCUACAGCCGUUACGUCCAGCACUGCGCAUGCUCUGGUUUGGGCAAAUGCAGCAGUCAAGAUCUUGCAACUGCACUUAACAACAGGGGACAGAUCAAGUACCUGAGAGUUGAUUUCUAUGAAGCAAUGGAUGAUUACACCACAGCUAUAGAAGUCCAGCCUGAUUUUGAAGUACCAUAUUAUAACAGAGGCUUAAUAUUAUAUAGACUAGGAUACUUCGAUGAAGCCCUGAAGGACUUCAGGAAAGUUUUGGAGCUGAACCCCAACUUCGAAGAUGCUUCUUUGAGUUUGAAGCAAACUAUCGAGGAUAAAGAAGAAAAACAAAGAAGAAGCUACUAAAAUAUGCUGCCAUUGCUGGCAUUUUUGUGGACUGGUGACUUGAUUGUUUGAGAAAGUGAUGGCGCAAAUGCUCUUCUCUUAUAGACUCCCUUCCCUUAUUUUACCUCUGCCCCGCCCAAUCCUAAUAAAUAAAUGUAUGCGCUAUAAUUAAAAUGCAAA